UGAACUUCAGUUCUGACCCUGUACCAUUUAUUGCACCUGCUAUUUGCAUUGAAUAAUCUGUUUUCGUUUAGUGUGAAGAAGAUAUCGAUAUAAAAGCUUGGGUUAAAGAGGAAGAAGAGACACAUUUGAGGGGCGAUCGACAGUCUAUGGAGGAGGAAGGGAUGGUAGUGACAAUGACAGAGGAGUCUUCAUUAGAUAUCGGCACAGAAUAUGGUCCAGAAGUUCAGUUUACACCGAAUAGACCUCUCGCCUCACAUCCAAUCUGUAACACAGAAGAUAAUGGCACAACCCAACACUCUCAGGGAACGGACCCAGUUACUGGACCUCUCUCGGUACUCCCUGAUAUGAGGUCACCAGAUCUCUCGGUUCCUGGGAAGCCUUCCGUUGACAAUCCAGGGAAGGUUACACGUCGAAGAAACAAGGAGAUGUUUUCCUGUCUCCCUAAUAUGAGGUCACCAGAUCUCUCGGUUCCUGAGAAGCCUUCGGUUAGCAAUCCAGGGAAGGUAACACGUCAAAGAAACAAGAAGAUGUUUUCCUGUCCUGAAUGUAAUAAAUCUUUUACAACAAAAGCGUAUUUCCGCAUCCAUAAGCGUAUACACGACGGACAACGCCCAUUUGUGUGCCUGGAGUGCGGGAGAGGCUUUAUCUCCAAGUCGUAUUUCCAUCGACAUCAAAGAUAUCACAGCGAACUGAGACCCUAUCCAUGUCUAGAGUGUGGGAAAUCCUUCAAGGAAAAAUCGGUCCUCGUCCAGCAUCUGAGAAUUCACAGCGGCGACAGGCCAUUUCCUUGCUCAGAGUGCGAUCAGAGCUUCGUCCAGAAAGCUCAUCUGAGGAGACAUCUCCGAGUUCACACUGGCGAGACCCCUUUCUUGUGCAAGCAGUGCGGGAAAGGUUUUACACGGAAAGAUAUGCUCACUUUGCAUGAGAGGGGACAUGUGAAUGAGCGCCCGUUUGCCUGCCCGGAGUGCGGGAAAAGCUUUAAACAGCAGUUCUGUCUUGUCCGACAUCAGAAGAUCCACGAGAAAAUGGGCUUGAUCUCCCUUCAUUCAAACCAAAACCUUAAUUUCUGAGUCACGCCAGUCGAAUAGUCUUUACAUGCUCAUAGUGCGGGAAAUGUUCAAAAGAGUGUACACUGUUGUGAGAGAGAGACACACGUUUUCCUGUUUUGAGUGUGGCAGAAGCUUUUCGUGAAAGUUCAGGCUCAUGUUGUAGGCCUACGUUGGUGGGAAGCUGUUUUUCUGUUCAAAGUUUGGGAAACGUUUCAUUCAAAAAGGAGAACCUUUUAUUUUAUAGGACAGUUUACACAAAUGAGGGUUCAUAUCCAUUUUCAAUGUGCUUGAAGUGUUACAUAUGCAAAUGGCAUCAGAAUAGUAGUGCCUUCUGAAUCCAGUUUACAAGAAGUGGUUUAAACUCAGGGAAGUCACAACGAAAGCCUUCACAUGAUCAAAGUACGGGAAAUGUUCAAAACUUUAAAGACACCAGAGAGUUGACCCCGGCGAGAAGUCCUUUUUCUGUUCGGAGUGUGGCAGAUGCUUCUUGGUGAAAUGUCAGACUUUAUAGCCAAGUUGAAGGCCUACAGUGGGGAAAAUAAUGAUUUGUAAGUUUUUCCCACUUACAAAGAAAUGAUGGAGACAGAAUAUCAACCAAAA